CUCGACUCAGGUAGGUGCACACAGCUAUUGCUUACUUUAAGUAGUAUUAACAGGUUGCAGUUGUAUUUAACAAAGGUUUUCGUCGAUAAUAUAGUGCUUUUUAAAUAUUAGACCUCAAUGAAAUGAUGUUCUUCACGAUUUUGGCCGCAUUGGUGGUUGCGUCGGCCUCUUCACCCCCGAUCACAGCCCCCACCCCAAAAUCCGUUGACAUGUGCGAGUUCAAAUCGCCAGCGAAUGGUAAAUUGAUUAUAACAUCCUGCAAGGGGUCCUUGAAUUUGACCAAGGAUUUCUUCAACAGUGUCUCGAAGAAGUUGAUUAACGUUAUAUCCAUUGAGACCGAAUACAUCGACUCGAUUGAGGCGGAUGUUUUUGGCCAAUUUGCAAACCUGAACGAUGUUGUCAUAAAAAACGCGCACAUUGGUAGGGUGGAUGCCAAUGCGUUUGGUGAAAACGUUAAAAACGUCAAUUUUAUGGGUUGUGCUUUUGAGGAUUCUCCGAAUUUGUUCUCCAAGAAUUUGGAAGAAUUGAACAUCAAGAACUCCAAGUUGGACGAGAUUCCGGUUUUGAACCUGCCGAAUUUGCUUUUCUUGAACUUGACGGAAAACAACAUCAAGAAAGUGAAUGUUGAAGCCUUCGCGAGAUUGCAGGGCAUCGAGCAAAUUGACUUGUCUUUCAAUAAAAUCGAGGAACUUCCUGCAGAUAUCUUCAUCAACAACCAAGAACUCGAAAUUGUGUACCUCGAUAACAAUCCACUCCGCCAUUUCAGCCUGAACACAUCCAACAACAUUGAAUUUUUAUCGGCUAGAGCAUGCCAGCUAACUAAAUUCGAUCAAAGUUCCACGAAGUUCUUGGACGGGUUAUCCGAACUUUACCUGAACGACAACCAGAUCGACGCGAUUCGUGGCAUCGACUUGGCCCAUAUGCCCGAGUUGUUAAUAAUUGAUUUAUCCAACAACAAAAUCGACAGAUUGUUGCCCGAUGUGUUCGAAAAUAACACAAAACUCCAAAAAAUCACCCUGGAUGGCAACAAGCUUAAAUACCUACCAAUAUUCGUGUCAGCUUACGACAAAACAUUCGAUACUUACAAAUUCUCCUGCAAAAAUUGUGGAUUAGUCAAAACCAUUGCCUAUCAAACUUUCGAAAGACUGACCGGUUUAAAGGAACUAAUUUUGUCUGGAAACGAGUUGACUAGCGUCGCGGAAAGUUUCACCAAACUCCCGAGCUUAAGAAUCCUGGAUUUGUCCAACAAUAAACUCAGAAACAUCGAAAGAACUGCAUUCGCCAAAAAUAUGCGCCUGGAUACGUUGAUUUUAUCUGGAAAUGAAUUCUCCGUCCUCAACGCCAAUGCCUUUGAAUCCAACAAAAAACUGAUUGUUUUGGAUGUUGGUCAUAACGGAAUGAGGCAGUUGUGGAUGAAUAACAAGACAGUAUUGCCAUCCUUGCAAAAAUUGAUCGCCGAUAACAACAAGAUCACCACUAUCACUGUUGAUCAAUUGAAGGUGACACCGAAAUUGAAGAUUUUCGAUAUCGAAGGAAAUGCCAUCGAUUGCAACAACAAAAUGGUUGAGUCUUUGUGGUGGUUGAUAAAACACAACGUAUACCCAGCUGAAGAAGACACGCAUUUGGGCUUCUCUUUGAGUAUCACUGGCAAUUUGCCCGAGGAGAUAUCCUGGGGAAAUUUGAUUUAUCAAAGAUGUCAAAAUCCUGAGGACUUCUACGAUUCGUUGGACAAAUUCCAAGACAAAGAAGUGAUCAGCAACGACCUUUUGUUGGAAAGCGAAAGCCAUGACGAUGAAGACUUCGAAAUUGACAACCCGACGAUGAAGAGCGACAUCGUCGACAACGACGAUGAUGACGAUGACGAUUACGAAGAAUACGAGGACGAUUCCACGUUCAAACCGAAAUUCCAAAGCGUAGAAGAGCUCCAGGAGAUUCACUACGCCUACGUCAUUUCCUUAUCGAUGAUUUUCCUAAUGACGGCCGUUUUGGUGUUCAUGAUCGCUGCCGUGACCUUCACAUUGCUGAUUUUGAAGAAAAACGGCUCUUUGAAUGCGGUUCGCAGGGCCAAUAUCCCGCACUUCAAAAUUCCGACGUGGAGCACCAACGCAGGUCUAAAGAAGCACAGCGGUUCCGUAUACAGGCCUUUAUCCGAGGACCUAUCGGACACUCCGCAUCCCAAAAGGUACGAGUUUGCCUCAAGCCCUACCGUACAUUCCGAUAACCACGUAUAAUAGGUUAUGUUACUUACUACUAAUAAGUUAUUAAUUAACUGAUUAAUUUUUUAAUUGUAAAAACCCUGUGUUAAGAAAUGUGUAUUAUUUAUUAUUGCGCUUAUAGUUUUAAUAUUCGUCCAUUAAUAAUUCGUUGAUUUGCCAUAGAAGCGGUUUUUAAUUUCUUUUAAAUUUAUUGUAUUUAUUGACGGACAAUAAAAGUUUUAAUCCUUA